AUGCAAGAUACCGCCUCGCCACCGGCCAAAUAUCGCCGGGUCUCCUCGGAGCGUGCAGAUUCAUUCGACGAUGUGCCAUCCUUGAUCGAAAACGAGAGCGCAUCUGCGCCGACGUCCGCUACUUCGCCUACACACACGCCUACUUCCAUGUCUCUAUAUGCGCCUCCUCCAUUACCUGCGCCCUCUGCGCCCAUCUACUACACCAAGACGGGGCGGCGGCCGGUGAAGAAAGCCGUCAGUGUUGCCUGCGAAUCUUGCCGGAGGCGCAAAAUUAAGUGCAAUGGGAACCGGCCGAAAUGCGCAGGUUGCCAGUCGCGCGAGGUCGAGUGCAACUACGACUCGGUCUAUCGUGAGGAGACAAACACGGCCGUGCUGAAGCGCAAGUAUCGAGAGGAAAACAAAAAAUCAACUACGUUUGAAGAGCUGUUCAAUGCCCUUCAGAACUGUUCGGAGAAGGAUGCAAUGACCAUGUUCAGCCUGGUACGCCAGGGUGUUGAUCCUGUGACCCUCUUGAGGCAGAUCAGGGAGGGUGAUCUUCUGCUGCAGCUUUCUGUCGUCCCGGAGACUCGGAGGCGCUACCAGUUUCCCUAUCUUGCCUCCAUGCCAGCCCACCUUCAAACUCCGGAUAACCCAUAUCUCAAGUCGCUGCUGUAUGAAACUGCCUUCCACGGAGUUGGGCAAGAGGACCCCCACGGGAGCACACAGUCGGGACAAGCGCAACACAACCAGUACCUGAAUAUCUAUCUGCAGCCGUACCAUGCUGCUGAACUCUUGGACCCUCUGAUUGACCACCUCAAGCCCUCUGAGUGGACACUGGUAGACACAGACGACCACUUCAUGCGGACGCUCAUACGAGCUUACAUUCUCCACGAGUAUCCGACCUUUCCCAUAUUCCACAAGGACAUAUUUUUCCAGGCCAUGAUUGACCAUGACUUGCGGUUUUGCACGCCAGUGCUCGUCAAUGCCUUGCUAGCAGAAGCAUGCCACUCCCUCAUGGGUAUACCCAAUCGCAACCAGUUCUGGGUCCCCCACAGUCUCAGAUAUCGCUUUCUAGCAGAGGCGAAGCGCUUAUGGGAGCUGGAAAGCCACAAGGUGGACUUGGUCACCGUGCAAACUGCCACGCUCUUGAAUCUCAUCUAUAGCCACAACGGCAUGGACAAGGUCGGUCAGCCGUACCUGGUGCACGCUCUCAGAGUCGCUCAGCAGUUGGAUCUGUUUGGAGAUCAUGCGAACGAGAAGAAUGACAGAAUGGUUCAUGCUCGCGUCUUUACAGCCUGGGCUCUCUUCAACUGGCAGUGCAUACAAUCUUACUACUAUUAUCGAGCUCCUUUGAUUCCUGAUCCGCCGGCCAAGCCGCUGCCCAGUCCAGAUGAGCAUCCGUUCUGGUACGGAGAUUUCAAGCUGAGAUAUCCACUGAGCUCAACAUUGGUUCCUGCACAGUAUGGGCAUUACUUUAAAGCAGUUUCCGGUCUGCGCGCAAUCAUCCACGAUAUGGCUGCAAUCAGCUAUAGCCAGGAGGAAAAUAACACGGUAUCUCCCAGCCGGAUCUGGUCCAUUUUCUCGAGAUUGGAGAAAUGGUACCUGGGGCUGCCCGCUGCUCUCUCUCCUCGCAAUAUCGUCUUCCCAUGGCAGCUCAAAGUGCACAUGGAGCUUUACUUGGCCACCAUCCUCUUCUCCACCAAGCAAGCCGGUGUUUCGGAAGCCUCAACCAUCAUGAAAGAAACUGCCCAAAAGACUGCUGCCCAUGCAGCCGCUCGCCUCGAGACUGUUGGUCGCCUCUACUUUAUCAGGCACAGCUUUGAAUAUUGCGAUCCCUUCUUGACCAUUCAUCUAUCGUUUAUAGCCGGCGGGGCAAUGGACAGCCUCAAAAUGACUCCUGCCGACGACGUAGAGACUAUCAAGUCUCUAAGAUCGACAAUCAUUUUGAGCCUGAAAGGACUAUACGAUCAAGGCCAACACAUCCACCUCACCUCGGUCAUCUACCGGCUGCUGAGGGAUCGACUGGCGCCCCGCGAUCUAGCGAUCCUCCAGAACUACGUGGUUUGGGAUCCUCUCACUCCCGAAGAGCCGUUAUUGGUCGAAUACGCCCAAUCCCAUUAUCCUCUCACAAUGGGAAACAAAGAUGAAGAUCCAACUUCUGUGCGGCUUGAAAACUUGGUCAAGGAAUAUGAGCAGCUGUCGACAGAGGACACUGUAUGA